AUGUCGGAGGGUUUGCUGUAUCGGCAUCCUUCCACCGAGAUCAGGUCAAGUCUUCGCAGCAACAGCUCAGGCGAAAGCAACACUGCAAACAAUUCAAAGCAUGACAGCGAUUUGUAUCACAACGUGCUACAUGCCAGGAGCAAUGUGGCAUUUUUGAGCGAGAUCCCUAUCGAAGAGUUUGUAACCAAGUACCAGGUUGUUAAGAUUUCGUGGCGUGGUAAGUACGAGCGCAUAUUUGCGCUGGCGCCCACUCGCUUCUCCACCAUAGAUCCGCGUGAUUUUGAGGUCACCAAUACAUGGUCGCUAACAGCAGUCACUAAUAUCAGUCUGGAUCCGUUAGACUCAGAGGGCUUUAAGCUUACACUGAAAGGUACUAAGAAAGAAGAAGAGCUUAAGCUAUGCUGUCGCUUCCGCUCCCAGCUUCUCUCGGAUCUUUAUCGACUAAAAUUUCAAUACCAGCAACGCAAUAUGCAACCCGAAACGGGUGUCCAAUGUUUCAAGUGGUCGAGAAACGGAGAUGCAAUUGACUGCGCACUACGUGUGGAAAUGGAUGGAGUGACGGUCUUGCAGCAAGGCAGAACUCGCUCUAAAUAUCUCUAUACGGAGAUGGGUCAUUUGACGAUGCUUACAGAUUCACAAGACGGCUUUGCUAUUGGUUAUACUGGACGAAGUCGACUGUUCUUCUCUCAAAUGAGAGCACAGAUUUAUCAUUGUAUUCAAGAGACUGCAGCUGCAAUAGGAUGCAAGAUUCAUUCAAAGAGUGAUCUGACAGUGGAGAGAGUUCAGGAGGAGAGAAUAUACUACGGGCUUGAUAACGGCGAGCCAUUCGUGGAGUUUUCCGUGCAAAAAGUAACACCAAAGUACAAAAAUAUGCAAGACAGAAUUCUUGCACUUCAUAAUGAGGUAAUAAUGGAGCUUGACAGCGAGGACAACGUCGUCACGUUUUACAAGUAUAUAGAUAUUUACGGUCUAGUACGUGAGUCGAAAGACUCAGCGCAAUUUGACAUUCAGUUUCGCAAUGGUCAGGUGCGAACGUACAUGGCUAAAGACCGUGACGGGAUUUUAUGUGCAAUCUAUGAUGUCUCCGUGACUUGCGAAAAGAAUCCCGAGCUUUUUAUCGGUGGUUUUGUUAAUCAGCGAGGUUUGAGGCUACUACCUUUCUCGGCAGUAGAAGAUGCAACUGAAACGCAAUCUUUUUUCAACGAUUCCUCAAUCGGAGCUUGGUAUCUUCAACGUCUUGGAUCUGUUGGUAAAGUAGGCAUCACCUCAAAGAGUGGCGAUCGAGGCUUUGUCGAGAUUGUAGCAGAAUUCAAUGCAAAUGUUUCUGCAAGCGGAAUUCACUACAAUACCAGCCAAACAAUCAUCAAGGAUGCUUUGCGGCCUAUGUGUGCCCAGCUUCAUUACGUUGCGAAGAUCAAACCUGUUCCAGAGCGCGCCGCAGUAACACUGCUUCAAGCUUUAUUUCGCAUUUCGUCGUCCUACUACGGAUUUCAAGAGAUAGGACAGGCUGAUAUGAUUUCGGACGCGAUGGCGAAUCUAUUGAUUAAUGGCGAGGAAUUUGUUGUAUUCUGGACAACUCUGCUGCUACGACGAUUGACGGCUCAUGCGCCACCAAGCGAUGACCCGACAUCCAUCGAGCGUUGUGAUGAAGUGGAGUCGCAAAACAAAGAAAUUUUUCUUUCGAAUGCUCAUUUAACCGAAUCUCUCAUCACACGUCUGAAUGAUAUUGAUAUGUACCUCGAGACAAGCAACCUAAGCCAAAGACCAAAGGCCGGCCCUCUCGUCAUGAUGGGAUUACUACAAAUUCUUGAGGGUUGCAUUUGUUCACGGGCAACUACGACUGGUCAAGAUGAGUUCAAGAUGCUAGUGAGUGGUGUGGCAAAAUCAUACUCGACUCUUCUAAAAACUCUUUUUCGGUCCCGUUGCGCAAGCACGGUCGAGGCUUGUACGUAUUUCCCUUUAAGGAGCUUAAGUCCUUGUGGUUGUGCUUACUCCUUGUACUAUAAUCUUCUUUUAGGUACUCUCUUGCUGAAGACGACUAUUGAAGAAUGCGAUCCCGACAUUGCUUCAAACAUACGCGACAAAGCUCUGACUGAGGGAGUUGUCUUGCGGCACUUCUAUCAAGUGUUAUUUGACGAGUCUUUUGAUCAGAGAUGCGUGAGCAGGUAUUUAGUAUCUCUUUGGAUGAGUCAACACGAUCGAUCGAAGCAACUUCUAUCGCGAAUGAUACCCUUCGGAUUUCUCCACUUUCUGAAGCAGCCUUUCGGAACUGCCAAGCAGAUUGAAGACUACGAUCGACUGGAGCGUGAAAUUAUGAAAAUGGAACACCAGGAGCAAUUGCGUGAGUACAGUGGUGAUGAACGCGCUUCUUCGACAACCGAGUCACCAACCCAAGGAGCUGUAACGGAUGUAAUUUCAGAUGAGCAAGUUGCAGACUUUGAGAUUUACCAUGAGAACAUCAUGCGAAAAACAUUGUCUAUAAGUGAUGUGGCAAAUCACGGGAAACAAACUAGUGGUAUUCAAUCGAGGAAUCGCUGCGUGUCAGUGCCAGACUUGAAUAAUCCCGUUACUCGUUCGUUAUUACCAGGUCAGCGAUCAACUCUGGUGCGUAAUAGGCGAGAUUCCUUUCAGGCACCAAUUGAGAAUAAGCAGUCAAAGGCCCGCAUGCUGCGCAAAUUAAAUUGUUCUGUGAGCGGGGCUUCAGCAGGAUUACAACAUGCCCAUUUUAUAAACCACGAAGUAUUUUCUCGUAGCUCGUACACUCAGACCAACAAACCACGUCUUCGCAAACGAGAUGUCGCACGAAAUUUUUUUGAUGUUUUUAGCGGCAAGAAACCAUCUUUCCUACAAAUAAAUGAAUCAUCAAACGAAAAAAGUAGAGGCACGUCACACUCUUGCCACACGCAAGAAAAUUUUCGACUUUUAUUCCACAUGCUCACCCUGGACCAUGAGUCUGUUCAAAUAAUUUGGAACAAGCAGACAAGGGAGGAACUUCGGUCUGCAUUGUACGCUGAGAUAAAGCGGUAUACUCAUUUUCAAAUCAGUAGCGGAGGAACGGAGACUCAAUGGAACUACCAAAAUUAUGCUGUUUCAUAUCCAAGUCUUGCCAAUGAAACAGUUGUGGGUGGAUGCUAUAUCAGAUUGUUGACGCAUCUGCAAAACAAGUUGUAUAAUUUUGAAGCUGUCACCUUGGAGGACGAUUUUAAUGAAUUUAGCCCCGAACAGGUUCCUGUACGAGAUCCUGGUGCGGUUUUGGUGGCACUAUAUGUUCGAAUACUACGGGAAACUAUUAACGCAGAGUACCGAAACGAUAUGGAGAUGUCAAUAAUGUGUAUAAAGAGCAUGGGGGUAGUGGCAGCCGCCCAUGCUAGAAAUAUGGACGUUGUAAGCUUUGACGAAAUCGAUCACCUUUGGACGCUGAUGAGUGAGACUGUGCAAGCGCCAAUUUUGGUAUGUCUUCUUCGCACCGUUCGUGCCCUGUGCCUGCACCCUGAAAAUGCUAGGCGGGUACUUAGCAAUGAACACAAUCUGGAGCUGGCAAUCCAGCUGCUCCAGCUGGCUCACAUGACUAAACGUGUUGCUGGUGAUGAUGCUAAGACGAAGAAGCUCUGGAUUCUUGAAAGUGACGACGGCAAAAAGGUUGAAUCAAUCAGUUUGAGUAAACUUAAGCAGCGACGAAAUGAAAAGCUCAUUGAUGUCACUUCUUUUCGGGUGAAGUGUCACGAUGAUCCAACCUGCGAACCAAUAUCGACAAAAGUGAAAUUGACGGAUAUUGCCCAAUUGCGAUGGGAGGUGGGACUUCGAGGAGACCUACACCCGCUUCAGAUGGCUCAUGAUGCAAUCAGCGUUUUACUCUCAGUUGCUCACAGCAAUUCCUUAUUAAGUAGCAACUCCGCUUCGCCCAUUUUUCCGCCACCGCGAGGAAAGACAACGCUUUGGCGAUAUAUUCGCCCAAUUUUACCAAUUUUGCUUCGGAGUAACCAUCCAGUUCUUUGGGAAAAGGUCGCCUCAUUGCUAAAAUUUUUGUUCAGUGAUGAGCAGCCUAUAACUGAAAUUUUUGAAGAAGGCGUGUCAAGUAGAUCAUCUUUGUUCUCGUGGGGUUUGUUCUACUUGGCAUUUCUGGUAGAGUCAUCAGACUUUGAAGCUAUGGCAGGCGUGCUCAAAGCCACACACAAAGAUCAAGCUGGAUUUGACGAAACAAGCGCUUUAAGAAACAUUCUUCCUUUGGGUAUGAUCAACUUGCUCGAUAAUUUGUCUUCCUAUGCGUUUGCGAAGGUUUUUCGCGAUGGAAAACAGUCCCCGCAAGUAAUUUGGAGCGCUUCCAUGCGGAAGCACUUGCAAACACAAUGUAGAAUACAUUGGCAAGAUUAUGCUGAAGUCUUAGAAGAAAACGCAUAUCGUGAUUGGAGAUUCUGUGCAAUGGCGCCUGUUGCAUAUAAGGAGUUGCUCGAUGAAGUCUGGUGUGGUGGAGUAUAUCUCGGCCAGUUUUGUGAGCACAGUGAUUUUUCCAUCGCUGACCCCGUGUCCUUUAUGAAAGAGCUAACGAAGGAAUGGCGCAUCGAAGAACAUCGUCAAGGUUCCAUUGACAAUGGCCAAGCGCGGCAACUUUUAGGGCUUACCAACGAGGAAGAUGUGGAAGAAUACGAUGCCGCUAUCCAAACUGCCUUCAAGGAAAAAUCUCGAAUUUUACAUUCGUCAAGCAUCUCUGCGAGUGAAUUUACUACAAAGUUGAAAAAGCUACAAGAAGCUUACUGGGUUCUAUCGUGCCCGAGACCAUCUUUGUUGUCUGCUGGGCAUGACCCAAACAAUGUCAUGCUUCUGCUCCACUCCCUUAUCAUAAUGUGCAAGCGCUAUCCGGAAGAGCUGGUCAACUAUGAGUUUGAUGCAUAUGAUCUAUUACUCCUACUUCUGCAUAAUUAUUGCACAGCAGAUGGGCUUGUUCCAGAAGGAACGACAGCAGCUCAAUCCCUCGAAAUUUCUGUUUGCGCUGCAGAACUUCUCUAUGAUACGUGCGUCGUUUCAUCCUUCAAAGGUAAGCUACUGCUGGAGCAGCCUAGCCUGAUUAAUUUGGAGAAAGCUCUCAAUUUCUGCGUCAGCUCGAGUGUUGAUCGUGAUGCGACUAAGAAUACAGAACGACUUGAAGUGCUUUACACCUUGCUUCAAACGGUCACUGAAAUUGUGGCAUCGCCUCGUGGACAAAGCUGGAUUGCUGAGUCAUCAACAUUGCCGGUGGAUUUGGUUCGCAUUCUGUGGAUGUGGAAUCAUGCUCAAAAGGAGGCGUUCAUUUUAUCGAAAAUUACGCAGCAGGCACUUGAAGUCAUAUCAAGAAUGGCUCAGCUGGAGAAGAAUCAGCAUCGCCUUGUUCAAGCUGGCGUCUUGUGGCAGUUAAUUAAGCUAUUUUCAAGGUACAAUACAGAACUGGACGACGCUACUGUUCAAACCCGGCUGCACGAAAGUUAUACUCUAGAGGUUGAAGGAUACAUGACAGUUGUUGUGGAGGCUCGAAAUCAAUUAGCUAUUAUGGCUGUUCGUGCUUUAUGUAGACUAGGUGGAUUGCUCUCAGAUGAGAGCGGAUUGCUCACGCCACCCAAUCUUUUAGUCAAACAGGUUGUAGAUGCCCUGAUGACUCCAAGCUUGUCUGAACUAAUGUUACUGAGCAGCCAUCACGAAUUUCUCAAGUUCUUUCAUGGAGAAUUUGAGUCUUACACGCUAAUUUGGAACAGUGAAAUGCGACACGAACUGAAAAAAUUUGUCUCUGCGAGGGCUUCUGUAGAGCCCACCUUGACGACAAAUGAGAACUACGUCGAUGCCAUCCGAUUUCGCUUUAUCAAUCUGGCAGAUCUUUUCUGUGUCGGUGGUCUCUAUAUUGAAAUGCUGAUGGCGUACCUUCUAGUCAUUGAGAAAAGCUCGGAUCCAGUAUCCAUUGAAAAUCUGGGACUUACGGAAAAAUUUCUUAAGGAGCUGUGUUUGUUUAUUGAUAGUGGACAGCUUUCGCUUCCAGAACUUAUUAACAAGGACGGAAUCAUUGAGCGACUCCCUCCAUAUGCUGGCUGGAAAGUCGGCGAAGAGCAGCGGACAACAAUGGAACGAGUGACCGCUCUAAAUUGUUUAUCGCUAACCGCUUCAGUGGCUCCAAUGCUGGUAGAAACGAGUCUAAUUGGCAAUGAUAGCGCUAUAAAGAUGUUGUUGCGCCUCUCAUACCCACCAGGCAACAAAGUACAGCAGAGUGAAGACGCUGAAAAUUGUCUUGUGCUGACUCAGCAGCUUUACCUCCCGUGUAGAUUGCACUGCAUUUCGACACUUCAGGUCUUGUCGAAGUUAGACAGCUUUAGCUUUGCCGCACUUGGAAUUGGUAUUUGUUACAUUCUUGUCGAGCUGAUUCAUAUUUGCCCAGACGUUGGCCCUGACGCACUUGAGAUUAUUCGCAACUUUUGUGCGAAUGGAGCUGCGAUCAAAUGUGUCUCGGAGAUCCUUCAAUCGGGAAUUUACUUAGAAUUCAUUGGCUGGAUGUUGCUUGUGGAGGAAACAAUUAUUGAUGACAAAUUUGACGCAGCCGAAGGUCUGCGCAUUCCAUCAGUGAUGAUUCUCUAUGAGAUGAUCAAAGAUUCAGCACCGUUAUGCUCUGAGUCAAGACAGGCUCUUUCUCGCUUUUUUCCGCCGGCUAUUGUCCGAACAAUUGCUUCUAGCCCGGAAACCAUCUUAGAGUACAUUAUGACUGAUCACAUGACACCUGUACUGGUGUGGAAUGCCUCCUUUCGCGACCGUCUGCGGAACAAUGUGGCUAAUUUUCUUACUAUCUACUUUUCUUCGACAUCGGUGACUACCAAUAAAAAGAGUGAGACCUUCACGUCAGUAGUUGACUCAUUUGAGAUCGAUUAUUCCGACCUGUAUUCAGCCCCCAUGGCAGGCAACGUGUACCUGUCCUUGUAUAUGAAAGAUCCAACUUUCAAUGUGCACGACCCUCUACAUUUCUUGACGUGUUUGUGGUCAGAGUUCGAAAUUCUUUUCAGGCAGCUCGCAAUUAUGACAUCUGCACAACGUUUGACAAUUGAUCGUGAAGAAAACGAGUUAAUUGAAAGUGAUAUUGACAUGAUCGACCUCGUCGGAUCAUCGAUAGUGUGUUUACUUCAGUAUGAAACAUGUUCGAUCGCAAGUGUGCGAGCCCCGAUGUGUUCCACAGCAUUGUCCUGCUUGAUGGCGCUCGUUGACCCCGAUCGAGGAGGACCUCUUCAUUUUGAGAGCGCGUUUGUACUUGACAUUAUACGACGGAUUGUCUCGGAAUACCCUAAGCACGGCGAUCAAGACACAAGUUCAGGCAUCGUGUAUCUUGCAAAUCGUCUAGGUUUGUUUGACUUUCUUCUGAAUAUGCUGGACUUUCCGAGCAGCAUUGGAAAAGUCAAAGAAAGUCGUAUAGUGCGCGCUGAAGCGAUCGAGAUCCUGAAUGCGCUCGAAAAUGACGGUGUUCAAGGAAGCACAGCUCACCAGAUUCUUAAAAAGCACAAGAAGUGGCAGAAGCGUUACCGACACGAACCCACGGAUGUUGUGAAGUCUAUGUUGACUGAAGAUCCAUUUUUGAAACUUUUGUUCCCUGAAGCAGACCGUGUAAUGCGCUCUCUAGUAUAG